AUGCCCCGUGAUCCGCUUAUCGGGCUUGUUGGAAAGCCAUCUUCAGGCAAAUCGACCACUUUGAACUCUCUGACGGACGCCAACGCUAAAAUAGGAGCUUUCCCGUUCACUACUAUCGACCCUAAUAGAGCUACCGGAUACGUCGAAAUAGAAUGUGCAUGCAGCCGGUUCCAAAAAGAAGACUUAUGUAAGCCGAAUUACGGUUGGUGUGACCACGGUAAGCGUCACGUGCCAAUUGAGUUGUUGGACGUGGCCGGAUUAAUUCCCGGAGCAUCGCAAGGCCUCGGCUUAGGUAAUAAAUUCCUCGACGACCUUCGCCAGGCGGAUGCUUUGAUUCACGUGGUGGAUGUAUCAGGCACCACGAAUGCAGAGGGAAAGGCUACCAGGGGAUACGACCCAUUGCAGGACAUCGAAUGGCUCCAGGACGAGAUUCGACUCUGGAUUGAAGGAAACUUACGUAAGCGAUGGGGGUCGAUCGUCCGUCGUCACGUCGCAACAAAGUCAUCUGUUGCGGAAACUCUUCGGGCUCAGUUUGGAGGGUACGGAGCUUCUAAGGAGAUGGUUGCCAGAGCUAUCAAUUCCAUUCCUAAUUUACCACCGAUGGAAGAUUGGGAUAACGUGUGGAUUAGUAAAGUUGUUUUGGGAUUUAUGGCUGUGAAGUUCCCUACGGUACUUGCAUUAAACAAGAUAGACCACCCUGACGCGGACAAGAACGUGAGUAAAAUCAUGCUAAAGUACCCUGAGACGAGUGCCGUUUUAACCAGUGCGUUGACAGAAGUGUUUUUACGUAAGCUGGUAAAGCAGAAGUUUAUAAAAUAUGAGGAAGGAACGGAAUUUGUCGAUAUCUAUGAAGAUUUGGACCCUGAUUGCGGUUUAAAACCAAUGGAUCCAGUUCUAAAGGAUCGAAUCGACAAUAUAAGGGACUUGGUGUUGUAUAGAUUUGGUUCUACUGGUGUUGUUCAAGUUUUACAGGAAGCAACCAAAAAAUUAAAGCUUAUUCCUGUCUUUACAGUCCGAAAUAUCCUUACUUUCACGGGAAACAGUGGAAAACACGUCUUUAGAGACUGUACCUUGUUCAAACAGGGUUCCAAAGUUGCCUCUGUAGCAAGAGCUAUUAUGGGAGAGGUCACUAUAGCCUCUGUGGAAGGAGUAGGUGGUAAACGAGUGUCUAUGGAUGACGUAAUUGAACCUGGAAAGAAUGAUAUUCUUUCUUUUAAGGUUGUCCCGGGAAAGAGCGAGGAUAAGUAG